AUUUUAUCAUCUUGUUAACUCAUUUCCAUUCCCUCUUUGUCUGCAAAAGAUUUUUGCUUUUCUUUCCCCCCAUGCCCUCUCUCCCUCUCCUCUCGCUUUUUUACACUCUCUCACCUCUCCGCCCCUCUAUAAGCUCCCCCAUAAGCGUGCUUCACUAGCAAAGCAAAACCCGCCCUAGCCAUUUACCACCUCUCUCUCUCUCUCUUUCUCUCUGUCACUCUUCACUCUCUGUCUCUCUUUCUUCCCCCCUCUCUGUCUCCGUGCUAAACUGGGUCAUCCUCAGCCUAGGAAGCUGUUUGUGCUCAGAAGUCACAAAUGAUGCUCAUACUUUAGAUGGUGAAGCGUGAGCGCUGAUCCCGACUUCUCUGCUUGGUUUCGGGAAGCGGAAAAGAAGAAAUUUGCGAGGGGAGAGAGAGAGAGAGAGAGAGAGAGAGAGAGAGAGAGAGGGCUUGGUUGUGUCCUCCUUGUUUAGCACUAAUUAAUCCGACUUGUCAGCUUCUUCUUCUUCUUCUUCUUCUUCCCACGCGCACGCCCUUCCCAUGUUGACCUUCUGAAGUUUGCAGUGAUGAACUAGGGUUUUGUUUUGUUUAGCCCUUUUAAAGUGCAAGAUUUUCUAGAAGUCUCGCAAGAAAGCAAAACCCUUUUCGGCUUAAUCAUUGUUAAAACCUCUUCCUUGUCUUUCUUCUCCUGUUGCUUGCUUGCCCCUUUUUGUCUCCAGACAAACAAACCGAGACCCCAUUAAAUAAAAAGACAUAAUUAUAGCAAAGACACGCGCUAGAGAGAGAAUCAAUGGAGCUUCCAAGUCAAGAUACGGACAUCCCAAUCCCCAUAAACAGCAGCUUUGGCGGGGGUCAUGGAGGCCACUUGAUUCAUCAACCACAACAACAUGACCCUUCUUCUGCAAUCGCAUCACACAACAACCACAUCAACCUCCCUCGCAUCCCCUCCAAUGGCCCUCCUCCACAACCACCGCCACCACCACCUCCUCUGGAGGAGCCUCAGCCUCAGCACCAGCACGUGAUGCCCUACAAGAAGGUGGUGGUCAAGUACAAAGAGUGCCUCAAGAACCAUGCAGCCGCCAUGGGAGGGACUGCCAUGGACGGGUGCGGCGAGUUCAUGCCCAGCGGAGAGGAAGGCACCAUCGAAGCCCUCACCUGCUCAGCCUGUAACUGCCACAGGAACUUCCACAGGAAAGAAGUUGAAGGUGGGGGUGAUGAUCACGAACAUCAAUGGUACAACCAGACCCCACCACACAAUCUGCUGAACAAGGCUGGGAGGAAAUUUAUCCUGGGCCACCAGAUCCACCCCAAGAAUGUCAAUGUGCUGGGUGGCCACGAGCCGCCUCAUCAUCAUCAUCAUGGGUUAGUCUACCCUACAGCUGCAGGCACUCUCAUCUCCUCAAGAGCACCUCCACAGCUCCACCACCAGAUGAUCAUCCCUUACAGCAUUGGCGCCCACUCCCACUCGGGCCCCUCGGAGUCCGAUGACCAGGAGGACGGUGGCGGCAGCGGCGGAGGAGGCGGGGCAGGGGCAAUUCGGGCACCGCACCACCAGGCGGUGAAGAAGAGGUUCAGGACGAAGUUCACCCAGGAGCAGAAGGAGAAGAUGUUCAGCUUCGCAGAGAAGGUGGGUUGGAAGAUCCAGAAGCAGGAAGAGUCGGUGGUUCAGCAGUUCUGUCAAGAGAUUGGAGUGAAGAGGAGAGUGCUCAAGGUGUGGAUGCACAACAACAAGCACAACCUUGCCAAGAAGAACCCCUCCGAUAAUAACACACCCAGUUCAUUAAAUUAAAUUAGUCAGAACGUUGAACUCGUUAUGGAUUUGCAUAUACAUAAGUGGGUUUAUUAUAAUGAUCAGUUUGGUGUUACCUUUAUGUUUUGAUGUGAGCCGGAUUUCUUUGUGUCAACUUAGAGUCAGAAAUGAUCGCCAUAACUGUUCUUUUUUUUAAGAGAGAGUUUGUCUUAAUGAAUUCCCCAGGAUCUGAUAGUUAUAUAUCUGUAGGGUUAUUGAUUAUGCUAUCAUUAUUCUGCCUUCAUUA